UUCCAAGAUCAAUAGAUGGAGAUGAUGGGAGCUAAGACUAAGUCAUGGGUGGUUUUGUCCAUUUUUCUGUUGGCUGCAAACUGCAUGCAACAGUGUGUCCAUGGAAAUUCGCAAGCGCCUUGCAUGUAUAUCUUCGGGGACUCUUACUCUGAAAAUGGAAAUAACAACAACCGCGCCACAAACGCAAAAGCCAAUUACAGUCCAUAUGGCAUCGACUACAAACAAGGCAAUAACCCAACAGGAAGAGCUACCAAUGGACGAAUAGAAGCUGACUUUGUUGCUGAACGUCAAGGGUUACCGGACAUCCCACCCUAUGCAGACACCGAUGGCUCAGACAUACUCAAGGGUGUCAACUAUGCAUCUGCUGCAGGAGGGAUUCGCCCUGAGACAGGCUCCCAAAGAGGUGACAUUAUCAGUUUGGAAAGACAGAUCCAAAAUCACGGAGACAUAUAUAACCGAAUUGUUAGGAGACUUGGAAAUUCAAAAAAAGCUGAAAAGCACCUUGGCAAGUGCGUGUAUUACAUGAAAAUAGGAACCAAUGAUUACUACGGCAAUUACUUCCUCCCCUCUUCCCCAACAAGACGCGACUUUACACCCGAUCAAUAUGCUGCAGAUCUUGUUAGACGCUACUCUUCAUAUCUGAAGACACUGCAUGACAACUACGGGGCAAGAAAAUUCCUUGUCUUUACACUGGGUCACAUUGGAUGCAAUCCAUUUGCCAGAGCUACGUAUACAAGAGAAGGUAGAGGUUGUGCUCAACAGCUGAACGAUGCUGCGUUACUUUUCGACAGAAAGCUUAAAUCUGAAGUGGAGCGAUUGAAUGAAAACAAGUUAUCUUCUAAAGCCAAAUUCGUGGUCGUAAACAGCGAAACCAACACUGGUUUCACUGAUGCGGAUACUCCUUGCUGCCCAACGGUGCGAAAUGAGACGUGUAUUCCAAAUGGAAUACCCUGCAGCAAUAGAGAUGAAUUCCGCUUUUACGAUGGACUCCAUGGAACAGAAAAGACCAACAGGUUCACCGCAGGAAUAGUAAAUCAGGGUGUGCAGCGCCUUCUGACCUGAAGAUUCAGGCCAAUUUAUUACGGCACAUAUCCUUAAAUAAUUCACUAAGUCUUUCAUCACUCUGUCUAAUAUGCUCUUUAUUCUUGGAUAAAAUUUGUUGAAAAAGUUACAAAAAUGAGUCAGACACAGGUCUUAUAAUCAUUCAAUCCGACUCAUAAACUUGUAUACCUUUCAAUAAAUUUUACUCACAAGAUCAUUAAUAUUCAAUAAUUUAUACAAUAAUUUGCGCAAUGUUUUUCU